AUGCUUGCGUCGUCAGUUGCUCCUUUUCCAUUGAAUAACAGUCGUACAUUCUUUCGAUUCUACCAUUCAGGACGCUUAGAUCGUCGCAUUGGUCCAGGCAAUCCAGCAUACGUUAAUCGGUAUACAUUUCGUUUGAAAGGAUUCAUUCUUGGUUGUUUAAUCAUUUUCUUUGCUGCUGCUCUUUUUUCAAUUGAACUUGCCCGUGUUUAUACUGGUUCGAUUAAUCGUGGACAGAAUGAUUCCAAUACUUCGUUUCAAUAUUUGAUCAAUCCCGAUGUCACCAUUGGCUUCAAUGCACGUUACACAAACAAUCGAUUGGAAAAUCGAUGGGUAUGGCCAUGGUCAACAGCAACAUUACUAUUUAGUUUGAUUCUGUUCACAACCGGUGCAUUGGGUAUAUACAGUGGUGUUCGACAGAGCUAUUCGGCUAUUUUGAUCUUCUUUAUCGGUUUGAUCUUAUCAAUAUGUUUAAUGGUAUUUUUGAUCAUUACUUAUGCAACGAUAUUAGCUGGUUGGAAGGAACUUUAUGGAACAAGUCAAGACACCAUGCCGAGUUUUGUGCGAAUGGAUAGAAAUCUCUCCUCGGCGUGUUUAGCUAUUUCGUGUGUAUUAACACUCCUUUUGUUCAUAAGUCUGAUUAUAUCUGGUACAAAGAUUCGAGUGUGUACCGAAAAGAAUUAUCCUACACCCAUUCGCGGUUAUCAACGUUUACCGACUAUGUUUACUCCUCAGCCUCGUCGUGCACGAGCACCACAUGGAUCACCAGCAUCUCGCCGAGCAUCACCAGCUGCUCGUCGAGGUGGGGCCAGGUGA